GAGAAGGGAGCCAAUACUUUUUCACAUAUCCGUCCUCUGUCUACCUCUGCUGGUGGACUAAUUGCUCUUACCAGACGUCGGACGGGGCGGGCAAAGAUGAAAGAGACGCACGGGAUGUCCAUUGGGCUGCACGUGCACACGGACCCGCCUUCCCUCUCAACGUUUUUCUUUCACAGGACACUAAAAGACUUUGCACUUGUCAUCCCAAAGCGGUGUGUGUUUUAAUCAUGCCUCCGUUACUGUAACCUCUCGUUGUUGUUCUGUUUCUUUUGUCUUUCCUGCUUCCCUUUUUGUCGAACCGUUUCUUCCCCACAAAUGAGUUCGCCGCCGUUCUUGGGGCACCUGCUCGGGGUUCCUGUCGAAAGCGUGGAGCCCGGUGCUGUGGAGAAAGACACGACUCACACGAAGAUUUUUGUGGGCGGGUUGCCCUAUCACUCCGACGACGCCUCACUUCUGAAAUAUUUCGAGACUUUCGGGGACGUCGUCGAAGCGGUGGUGAUCACCGACAAACACACGGGCAAGUCCAGAGGAUACGGCUUUGUGACCAUGGCAGACAGCGCAGCCGCAGAGCAGGCAUGCAAGGAUGCAAACCCCAUCAUCGACGGCAGGAAGGCCAAUGUCAACCUGGCGUACUUGGGAGCCAAGCCACGCAGCUCGCAGACAAGCCUGCUCAUCCUUACAUCUAUCCUCCAGCGUUCCUGCAGCCCAGCCUGGUGCUGCAGUCCAGUAUCGCCCACCCCUACUUCACUCCCUCUGGGUUGGAGCAGUACCCCUACAGCCCGUCACCACUGCCCUACCUCAGCUAUGGCUUCUCACCCGGAAUGUCAGCGUCCACUCUGGUCACAUCCCAGACUCCGCCCACUGGCACCCAUUCGCCUCUGGCUAUGUUCUCCACGUUGCCCGCCGUCCCGCAGGUCGCGCUCCCUAACCUUGUGCACCAGCUCCACCGCGCGCAGUGAGCAGCCCCGGCGAACAGCCAAUACAAAGCGACAUCAUGAGUGUGAUGUCAUUAAAAAAGGGCUUAUUGAAAGCACUCCAGACUUUUGUACGUUUGUUGUAAUAGUUCAUAAAAAUGUUAUUGCUACUGUUUCUUUAUACAACGUGAAUGUUAGUCUAAGUCAAUGACUGGAAUAAAAGAGCCCAGAAGCUUGCCACCAGAGGACUCUUGGAGAACACAUAAGGAGGCAGGAAAAUGAAAUUUAUUUGAAAUGAUCCUGCAGUAGUCAUUUUAGUUUUGUUUUUGUUUUUUAUGGACCGUUUUAUUGUUUUCAUCCUAUAGAUUUUGCUCCCUGCCUUCAGGUGAUCUCUCAGUUCUUUACAUUUCGAUCAUGAAAAUGUUAUACUUUGAAAGGAGAGUCGAGCAAGUACAUGUCAGUGUCAGGUCAGAGCUCCUCUUGCAGCUCAUUAUCCUAAUCAGAGUUGUUUGUUUAUGUUGUCCUUUCAUUGCCAGCUAAGAGAAUCAGACUGAUUCUUGAGCAAAGCUGGAUUGGCGUUCCUUGUUCAUGUUGAACCACCUUUGUCAUUAUAAAAAGCCAUGCGUAACCUUUAGUAAGAAUAUGCAAAAUAAAAGCAA